AUCAACGAAAUAGAAAAGAAUAUUUUGCACUUCGUUCAAAAUUUAAAUUAAUUCAAAAUCUGUCCCUUGGAUCUCGAUCAGCUAUGGGUUCUAAACAAUGUUGUUGCUGCUGCUGCCUCCUUUUCUUGGGUCUUUUCUUCAUCGGCAUCGCUGUUCUGUUCGUGUUUCGGGAUAAACUAGGCCCUUCAUUAGAAGCGAGCUACAAGGUGACUGAUGCCGCGUUGACGCAGUUUGGUACGGGGUCUGGAAAAACCCUCGAAUACAACCUAGUUGCCAACAUAACCGUCGAAAAUCGUGAAAAAAAUUUUGACUACAAGUAUGACAAAUUUGAAGCUGUUGCUACUUAUGAUGACAAGGAUUUAAGUGCAGUUAGUUUGAGCACAUUCGAUGUAGCCAGCACGAAGACAAGUGCAGUGACUCCACUAGUGUUCAAGGGCCAGAAGUCUUUUAAGGGGGAUGUGGCUUCAAAAAUUAAGGGUGGUACGAGUUUUGAUAUCGUUUUGAAGAUCAAAAUUAAGGUUCUGUCCAGGUUUACUAAGGUAGAUAUUUUUAACGAGUAUAAGGUGGAAUGCAAGUUGAAGGUUCCCUUGAUAAAUUCCAAGGGAAAAUCUUCUGACAAAUUUGAGAGUACCGAUUGCGAAAAGGUUUGCAUCUGUCUACUCCUCUUUCCAUUUCUAACUUUUGAAUGCUAUGACCAACAGGCUAUUAACAAGAAAUGUCGCAAUUGGCUGGUAACGGGUGCUAAUCUAAAAAUUGUAGAGAAAUAUGUUCUACAGAUAUCAUGA